CUCCCAUCACCUCCCCUGGCUCCCAUCACCUCCCUGGCUCCCAUCACCUCCUGGCUCCCAUCACCUCCCAACUCAUCACCGCCCUGGCUCCCAUCACCGCCCUAGCUCCAUCCUGCCUGUCCCAUCACCGCCCCAAGCUCCCCAUCACCGCCCUGCUCCCAUCACCGCCUGGCUCACAUCACCGCCCCGGCUCCCAUCACCGCCCUGGCUCCCAUCACCGCCCUGGCUCCCAUCACCGCCCUGGCUCCCAUCACCGCCCUGGCUCCACAUCCACCGCCCUGGCUCCCAUCACCGCCCUGGCUCCCAUCACCUCCCUGGCUCCCAUCACCGCCCUAGCUCCCAUCACCUCCCUGAUCCAUCACGCCCUGGCUCCCAUCCACCGCCCUAGCUCCAUCACCUCCCCUGGCUCCCAUCACCUCCCUGGCUCACAUCACCUCCCUGGCUCCCAUCCAGCGCCCAAGCUCCCAUCACCGCCCUGGCUCCCCAUCACCGCCCUAGCUCCCAUCACCGCCCUAGCUCCCAUCACCUCCCUGGCUCCCAUCUCCCUAACCCCAUCUCACCCCCUGGCUCCCAUCCUCCCUGGCUCCCACACCACCCUGGCUCCCAUCACCGCCCCAGCCCCACACCUCCCUGGCUCCAACACCUCCCUGCUCCCAUCACUGCACAGGCUCCCAUCACCGCCCUGA